AUGACAGUACCAUGGACUGGUGAUGAUGAUAAGAAAGGAAGAGUUACAGAACUGAAUGAAAAUGAAUCAAUAGAUAUAUCCAGGAUAAAAAGGGAAGGCGUUCCGGAAAACAGGGACUUGACAGUGCUGCUCGUUAAUGACCAGAAUCGAAACGACUAUAAUACGAAGAUCGGACGAUACCACAGCGUCAAACCUCUUAUCGGACUCUUGACGUCAACAGCAAGGACUUUCAUCCAAGAUGGCGUCACCACCGAGUUCGCAACUCAAAUCUUGGGCACAACCUUAGACAAUGGGCGUAUUUACGCACAGCUCCUCACUAAAUCGUCAUUAGUUCUUUAUAAUAAACCAUCCAACGCUGACGACCCUUUCGUUGUUAAGCCAACGCGCGUUCAUUCGGCUUUCGAUGAACAAUGGAACGUCAAGCAAGAUUUAGGAAUUAUAGAUCCAGACAAGUUCAUACUCAAAAAUACUGAUUACUUAGCACCUAGUAGUAAAAUGGAAAUUGUUUAUGCGAGCAAACCGGCACAUGAUUCUUUUAAGUUUUGGAAUCCUCCUAGUUCUCCUGAUUAUCAAUCAGAAAAUCAAAUAUACGAUGAGCCAUCUGCGCGUAAAGCACAGUCAUACAUUGAGGAACCAAAAUUUGAGGUUUACAAUUAUCUUGACGGUCCCGAUAUUGAAAAUGAGAAAAAAACUGAAGCUCAGACUAUUAUUUUAGAUAAUGUCAAUUCACUACAUCGUCAGAGUAAAGCAUACGAACCCAUUGCAGAAUCAGUUCAAUUAAAUUCUAAAGUACAGGAUGAUAUUUUUAACGAAUCUAAUAUUGUAAAAGUAAAACCUAGUUAUGAUUUGCCUACAUUUACGAUAAAGAACGAGUUUUCACCAAUAUUUUAUUAUAUUGAUAAUGUAGAAUCGCCUCGUUCACCACAACAAUCUUUACCGCAAACUAAAUUACCUAAAAAGCUGUUCGGACAAAAAAGCGAACCACGCCCUAAGAAAACUUUUACUUAUGCUGGGUUUGCUGAUUUUACAACAGUAGUAGGCGACACAGUUAUUAUAUUUACACCUAACACAGAAACCGUUAAUCCACCAAAUCCAGAUGAAGUUAAUGUUUUUCCUUCUGCUAAGGCUGUCGAUAAGCUAGCUACCAAAAUAACUUUCUUAUCAGCAGAUAUCCCUGUAGCUACAUCUACUUUUAAAGCUCAUGAAGUCAACUUAGCAACUGAAUUACCAAUUCCCAAUAAUGACGGAAAUGAAUCUGAAAAAACAUUCUACAAUGAUGAAGAAAGUUUGAAAAAAGUUUUGUAUCAAGUUGAUGACAAAACCCCCGACUCUGUUAGUAUUAAAUAUAAUAAUGGUUUUGAUCUUAAUCUUGAUGUCAUACAGCCUUCUGAAGCUACUUUCACAACUACAGAGAGCACGAGAUAUACUGAAGAUUUGGAAGAAGCACCUGUAAAAGAAUUUAAUUUCCAAGCCACGGAUCCCUUAAACUCUUUAAUGCCAUCUGCAACUACUAGAUUCGGCGAAGAAGAUUCAAAAGAAUCCGUUGUAACAGAGAGUAAUGUAAGAGAUUUUUUUACUAAUUCUGAAGAAGAGACAGAAAACACGGCGGCUGAAGUAACUGAAAAAGCGCAAGAAGAAGAGGAAGAUGAAGCGCAAGAAGAUGAAAGUACACAAGAAGCAGAAGCUGACGUACAAACUACCACUGAAAGUGGCCAUAGUGACGAAUCAUAUGAAAUUGAAAUCACUACGGAAAAUAAAUAUAAUAAGCACGAAGAAGUAUAUUGUUUAAAUGGUCUUGAGACACAAUCAACUAUGACUACAGAAUAUAAAACAUUAACAUAUUUAACAACUUAUUUUAUACCUUUGGAGAGCACUGAGACGACAACUUCUAUAAAGUCUGACGUUGUUGUUGAAAGUAAUGUAGGAUUUAUCACUAACUAUGUUUGUAAAACUGAUAUAAACAUUGAACCAACAUCAGUUGUAACUUUCGAAAUACAAAAUACUGAAAGAAGUAAUAUAGAACAACCUGUGGUCAUUUCACAAUUUGACAUCAAUACACCUAGGGAUGCUGAAUCUACUACUGAGAAUCCUCCAAAAACAACAGUAUCUAUGAAAAAUGAAGUUUUAAGUACCAUACAAGAUGAAGAAGGCGACUCCUCUUCUGAAAAAGAUAAUGGGGAUUCAGAUGUUCUUACUUCACAAAGUGAUUCUUCUACUACUACUACUACAACGGAGCGCGUAGCAACAAGUCAAAGCCAUAUUGAAGUUUCUGUCAGUACAGAACACACUCCGACUGAUAGCGCUCCUAGCACUGAAGAAGAUUCUGAAAAUGAAAUCGAUCUUAUUUACAAAACUCUAUAUACUACAUAUACAUACUUUACUACAUUCUUUGGAGACAAGACUUCAAGUGUUGCAAGUCACAAAUCAGUAGUAACGAAUAUUAUUACAUCUACCAUAGACUUAUCCAAACUUGACCAUUCCUUACUUAGCGCGUUUGAUGAAGAUGAAAUUGCCCCAACAAAUGUAGGGGUGGGUCGCCCUACAGAAUCUUUUGCAAUUAAUAGUAUUAUUGAUCUGGUAAAAAAUAAAGAUGUUAUUGAGUCAGUGGAAUUUGAUAAAUCUUAUAAUUCUCAAACGCCAACUCCUAGUUUAGGUGAUGAUAUUAUAGCAAGCAUAAAACCAGAUACUGUUAAAACUUAUUUCACGACCUAUACGUUUUUCACGACGAUAUUUGUGGGUUCUGAUGCAAAUGUUUGCAGCAGAAGAGAAGUCUUUACUAAUUAUGUCGGUCCUGAGGAACUGGUCCCCACAAAAACAAAUCGAUUAUCUGCUGAAAGUACAAAAGCUCAGUUUGAUUUCAGAAAUUGUAAACAAGUGAAAGGAAUGUCAACCCAGGGUAUAGAUGAUAAUUCAUCUGUAGAAAGCAGCGUGUCUAUGGAUCAAAAUUAUUUGGAAGAAAAUAAAGAAAAGGAAACAACACCACAACCAACACCUAUUGAAGUUGAUAUGUUGUUUAGCGUUGAAUCCAAUCCACUAUCAGAAAAUUCUUUCAUUACAGAUGUGAAGUCAUCUUCAUCCAAAGGGGAAUCAAAGUAUCUAGAUAAUAAUAAUGUACUCGAUGAUCAAAUAAGUUCUGAGAGCAACAUCGAUGAAAUAUUACCUUCACCUACUCUUUUAUUGCAAACCAGUUAUACAACAUUCACAUACUUUACCACAAUGUAUAUUGGAAAAGAUUCCAGUAAAGUGAAGAGUCGCUUAGAAACUAUUACUAAUGUAGUUACAGAAACUAUUACACCCAAAACAGAGCCCGAGGAAGAAAAUAAUCUGCCUAUCACAUAUUACACUACUUUUACAUACUGGACGACACUAUACAAGGAUAAGUCUACAACAAUUACCAGUCGUGAGGAAAUAGUUUCCAAUAUUGUUACUCCAACCGCUCAGUCGGUCCCCACAGUUAGUCCUAUUGAUACUACGCCCAUCGAUAUAGUAAGUGUUUUGCCCCCUAAGGAUUUAGAAAUAGAACUUAAGCCUUCCUUAGUAGACGAUAGCUUAGAACACGACGAUGGGAAGGCUACAUUUUAUACAACAUAUACCUAUUUUACAACAUUUUAUGCCGGAAAUACAUCUCAAAUAAGAAGUAGUUUAGAAACUGUUACAAAUAUUGUUGAUAACACAAAACUAGUUGAAGAUAACCAGUUAGGUAGAAAAGUAGCUAGUGGUUCAGUUGACAAAAACCUUAUUCAAGACAUUGGAGAGAAACCUCACAUUAUUCCAACAAAAGUAAAGGAAGAAAUAGUUACAACUAAAAUACCAGAUCCAUCAAAUGUAUCGUCAACAGUUUUACAGGGAACGUAUAUCGAUAACUUAUUUGCUGAAGUUAAAGCAGCUAAACCUAAUCCGGUGAAUACAGAGAAAAAGAUACUGUUUUCUCAAGUUGCAGUUAUAUCAGGUGAUUCAACAGUUAUUACAAAUGGCAAUAAAACCUUAGGUGAGGAGACAACUACUACAUCUUCUACUCCUGCUACAACAACAACUACAGAAAGUUCUGUUAUAAGUCCGACUCCAGAGGUAAUAGAAAGUUCCGUGGCUGAGCCAGAAACCACAACUGAAAUAUUACUCGAAGAAGAUGCAGAGGAAGAUGAUUCAAAUUCGAAAAAGAAAGGUCGUCUUACUUUUACAACAAAGAAACCAUCGUUCACGCCAGUCAUUAUUCCUUUUGCUUCGAGAAACCGACCAACAUUCAGUCCGAAACGUCUUCCGGUUCCAAACAGUGCAACGACUAUUACCCGUGCAGACUUUACCCCAACUAUCACGGCAACCCCGACAUUAAAAUCCGUAAGGCCCACUGGUAGUUUUAAUGGUAAUCGAAAGGCGGCUGCUACACCAGGUUCAUCUAGUUCAGGUAGAAGAUUUUCUGGUCGAAGUAGUGCAUCCAUAAAUUUAUCUGCUAAUAUACCAGCAUCUAGACCUGGAGGAUUCCCCAGAGGAAACAUUGCACCUUCAUCAAGAAGGACUGGUUUUAGGUCUAGUUCUCUUAGAAGUAAUAGCUUAGAUUAUGCGAGUAGAUCGGCUAUUCCUAGAAUCCGACCCACUGCCUCUUCUAGGUUAAGAGGAAGCAGACAGUCAGCGUCUGUAUCAUUUCCUCCAGCUGACCAAAUUGAAUUUGAAACUUUUGCAACUCAACAAGAAGAGACGGCUACUGAAUCUUUAGAUGAACUGAAUGAAUUUUCUAAUAGGCAAACUACUAAUAAUCCUUUACUGAGAUUUAGAAGACCACCUGUGCCUAGGCAGCCAGGUACAGCUAUUACUCCAAGAUCAACUACACCCUCAUCUAGACGAAGUUUGACAACUCGUGGACGUACAACAACAACUAAACGCUCAACAACUAGGUCAACGACAAAUCCUUUACUAUCAUUGCGCAGGCAAAGACCUAAUAAUUCUUUGUUUCCUAAGAGAAAUCUUUUUAAACAACCAGAACCUGAGCCAGAAGAAGAAAUUGGUGGAAAUGAACAAAAAGAGGAAAGCGAAGAGUUACUAGACGAGGAAGAAUUUGAAGAAGAUAAUGAUUACGAAUCAUCAGAUAGAAGAGAACAGCAAGUCGCUUCUCCUACUCCAUUGCUAAGAAAAAGUUCAAAUGCCGUACAAAUUAGACCAUUUGCUUUUAAACGAAGAACGAAGCGUCAGGUAGAUUAUGGUAAUAGAAAGUUUACAAAUUUCCGACGACCUGGAGUCAAAUCCGCAAGCACGCGACGUCCUGAACCAGAACCAGAAACUGAACCACCGGCGCUUCCUUCACCUAAACAAAAAUCAUCAAGAUAUAAUUCAAGACCUUCUGGAAACAGUAGGUCUACGACAGCUUCAGCACCUAAAGUUUCACAAAGACAACCGUUUAUUGUUCGAGGUGAAAGUAGAUCGACAACUACUUCUUCUCCAGGUUAUAGAAGAGGCAAAACCAGAACAUCAUCCAGAACCACUACUCUUUCAUCAAGACCUAAAGCACCUCGAUUGUCCGGAAAAUCUACACAAUCUUCAAGAUCUAGUAAAACUACACAAUCUUCACGUCCUACUGGUAGGUCUAGACCUCGAACAACAACAAACAGGGCUUCAAGCAGACAAAGAAGUUCAUUUGAAAACUUGAGUGGCGAAAGAUACAAUAAAUAUGAUAAUAUAUUGAAUGAUGGAAAAAUAACCAUUACUCAUCAGAUACCGUUUGAGGUUACAAUUCCUAUUGUAAACGGAAAGAUUACAGAGUACAAAAAUGUCUUGUCAGCGAAACCUAGCAUUGAAACAUUAUUAUUCAAUCAAAUAUCAACGUCAAUUGGACCUAUAGGUAAUCAACAAUUAGUUUUGGCAUUAGAAUCCACAGAAUUAGGAGAAAACGGUGCAACUAAAAUUACCAAGUUUGUUUUGCAUGAAACUCCUACAACAACGGUUAUAUUCACGCCAACAACAAUAAGAGGUCGGAAAACCUCUUAUUCUCAUGUUUUGCCGAGUACUGUUUAUAAUGUUGAACCUGUAAUACAAACUGUUGCGCCAGAAAUUAACUCAAAUGUGCCAUUAGCUAAUUUAUUGCUUUCUCAACUUUUAUUGGGUAAUCAGCAACCAGCAAUUAAUCCUCUCCUUGCUCUACAAGGACAGGGUCUGUUACCACAACAACCUGUAGUACAAACGCCUAUUACUGAGUACAAAACUAGAGCAACGACCUAUGUUACUACAGUGACCGAUGCCAGGGAAACUGUUUUAACUAUAACAUUUAGAGCUACACCAAUAGAAACAACAAUAGUAAAUCCAACCACAGAUAUAAUAACAGCGACGGAAUUUAUAACUGAAACUGUGGUUACUACUCCAACCGUAUUAGCACCACCUCCUCAGUAUAACUCUCUUCUCUUACCAUUAUUACUUCAACAGCAGCAGCAACAACAGCAACAACAACAAGCUCUCUCGCUACAGACUGCGAACCCAUUGCUUGGAUUAGCUCAACAAGAUCUUAACUUACUACAAAACAAUCUUGUGCCUAACAAUCAUUUAAGCAAUGACAUUUAUAGUAAUAGCCCUAAGCCUAACAUAUUAUCAGAUUUAAGUAGUAAUGAAGAUUUCUCUGAUGAUGUUGAGGAGAGUGGUGAAGACAUUCCACCCCCGUCACCACCACCUACACGAAAAAGAAGUAAACAAAGAUCUCCCAAGCCAGCUCCAGCUGCACCUAAAUUGACUAGCAUAGUAACACUGUAUGUUUCUGGUAGACAUCCUGGAGAAUUUAGUACAGUAUUAUCAACUGUCAUAUCAGAUGAUACCCAAACGGUUAGGAAACGAGAAGCAAUAUAUUAUGAAGACAUUAAAAUUAUGCCAUCUAUUUUACCAUCGAUAGACCAACUUGUAAGCUCGCAGGGGGAUAGUUUGGCAGAUAAUUCGAUUUAUUUGAAUAUGGAUAAAUACUUAGCCGAUCCCCAAAUUGACUCACAAACCGAGACGCAAAGCCUAGAAAGUAUAAUAGGAAAAAUAAGUGACCAUGUUAACUAUGACGCUUCGCCGACUUAUGUUGUAAAACUAGCGACCCAAUCAACGCUUAGAGAUUCAAAUAAAACAUUUAAUACAAAUGCCAUAGUGUAUGAUAACUCACCAUGGAGGCCUGGAAGGGAAAUAGACGUAGAACAACGAUCCGAAGAUGAAAGAAAAAUAAAAAAUCUAGCCACAAGAAUAAUGUCUAAUGGCGUUGAAGUUCUAGUGAGAGAUAAGAGUGUAGAAGGAAAACAAGAACAGACUAAGUAUAUGGAAGUCAAAACAAUUCAACCUUCAGCUGCUAAUAUGUAUGUAAACAAUAUUCCGAAAUUAGACAAAAGGAUAGAUCACGAAGAGGAGAACUUCGAUUUAAUUCAACCAUCCGAAAGUAGUCAUGCUUCAUGCACAACGUCUUGUACUUGCAGUCACACAAAAACGGAAACUCUAAAAACGAAGUACUCCAACAUAAAACAAUCAUCAAGUCCAACAACAGACAAAUAUCAUACGAAAAGUACUAAAUAUAGUGGUACAAAACUUGACGUUCGGCCAACGCAUAAAGAAAUUCUUAAUAAGACUCAAUACCGUCCCUACGAAUAUGAAACCGGUACACACACAGCGCCAACUGAUAAAAUAGUAGAAAAAUAUACUCAGGUUACCGAUUAUUUAGACGAUAAAGAUACAAAUUCAGUGGAGACCAGUGAUCUUUUAACUAAUGAACAAGCUCCUCCUACAUUGAAAACUACUAAAGUCCCUAAAAACAAAACUUCGGAUAAUAUCAAACCAGAAAGACCACCAAAAGUUAACAAAAAUAAAUUCGUCAUGGCUGAACUUAUAAAAUUGGGUUCGUUGGGAAUAAAAGGUUUGUCGCAAUUGGCACCUGUUAUUGAAAAAAUGACUGGAGGAUUUAUGAAAAGACAAGAGUCAAAUAAGACUACAACUACAACAACGACAACAACUGUAAAACCACUAUCAAAAGUUUCUUCAUACAACGCAAAUAAAAGAAUUGAUAGUGACGUAGAGUCUAAAAAUGGGAAUUUUCCCAUUUAUAUUCCAGUUGACGAUAUGGAGACUUCUGAAACGCAAAUAACAUUUACCAACGCUACUUUACACCAAAAUUUCGCAUGGGCAGCUGAACAUAAGAAUUCAAAAGGUAAUUUUGUUAGACCAAAAAUUGUUCAUGAAAGUCCAUUGGUCAAUGGCGGAAUACCUAUAAGCCCAGGUGAAAUCAUAACAACUAACUCAGAUGUAAUUGUGGGUAAACCUGCCGUAGGAGGGCCAUUGACACUGGUUGCUAGUGGCAUAAAGUUGCAAAAUCUCGUGCAUCCACCGCCUAUAGAUAAUAUUAGUGAAAAUAACGAACAAUAUAUAACAAAAGAAAAACCACCUACUCGUAAAAAUGUGGUUCCAACAAAUGCAGAUGAUUCCUUUGAUUUGCGUCCUCCUGAAUUACCAAAGUUGAAAUUUAAACCAAAUAAAAAUUCAUUUCGGCCUCAAGAGAUAUAUUUUGGACAGCAAAAUUCCCACAAAACCUCAUCGCGCUUGCCAAGUACGCAACAUAUUCAAACCGAUUCUAAUAUAUAUCCAAAUUUAAAAAAGAAUAAUGGUCCUGUUUUAGUAAACCAUGGCAGGCCGGCAUUUCUGGAUUUUAUUCCAUCUUUUGCUAAGCCUGCAGAUACUAGUUCGAUAGAUCAUUCUGUAAACUAUAGGCCUAAUCUAGAUAAUAAAGAAAAUGACAUACCUGAUAACAAUCCAAGUUCGUCUGAAAUAGUUAAUACAAAAAUAAUAACUGAUGAUAAAUAUCAAAUUGUCGAUAUCCCUGAUAAUAUUAAUAAGCCAUUCCUUGUUGAUAUACAACCUUCAAAAGUAGCUAAUUUACUCAUACCGCAUGGAAGCUCUACUGCACUAGUUUUUGCUGGAUCAUCUGAACCGCAUAAAACUGGAGAUUAUGUCGAUGAUCCUUUACCUUACCCUGAACCAGGGUAUUUCGGAAGUUUUAGCAUUGAUGCCCCACACAUGACAAAUGUUCACAAUGUUGUUCCAAAUAAUAAUAAUAUAUUUAAAGUAAAGCCUAGUGUACAGCCUACGGUAGAUACUUUCAAUAGUAACGUGCCAUCAUAUCAAGACAUGAUAACGAACAAUGAACAUAAACAUAAAUUAAGUGAAAACAAACGACCAAAAGAUUUAAAUAAAUUUCCUCCACCUACAAGCAAUCAACAAUCUCAUAUUCAAAUAGGACCUAAAAUAACAGCUUACAAUCCAGAACAGUAUAAAGAAGAAUUCGAAAAAUAUAGACAAACUUUAGGAAAUCACAAACAUAAAGAAGAAAAGGAAGUGAUUGACAAAGAAUAUGAAAAUUAUCUAGCAGUUCCUCCACCACCACCUAAACGGCAUUUUAACCAAGAAAAUCGCUAUGAAAAGACUAAAGCUCAUCACCAUCAUUCAUCAUUACCAGUUAUUCAUACAAAACCUAUUCAAGACAGCAAAGUAUUCUCGAAUGUUCAACAUCCAGUAUCGAAUCAACUUCCGGCAAAAGUGACAUCAGAAAUUUAUUUCGCUUCACAGUUGCCAAAUAGUCAGCCAACUCCAACGUAUACAUUUCAAAUACCUCAAUCACCUACAGUACAAGGCAAUAAUUAUUUUAAAUUGCCUAACAAUAACCAGCAACAUUUAGCCGGAACUUCUAAUCUUGUUUCAAACUCUUACAAAGUAUCCCCUUCUAAUACAGCAGAUACACCUUUGGUUAAUAAUAACCGUAAGGAAAAUACUUAUACAGUAACAUUAAAUACGGCUACCAAUAUUGCAAGUGAUGGUAAACCAGGACAUGUAAUGGGGUCAAGUAUUACCGUGCCAAUAACGACUACUUCUCACAAUGGGCAAAUAAAUGCAAAUAUACCAAUUGGCACAAACUUUGCAAUAAGAGUAGAAGACGAUCCUGCAAAAUAUGAAAGCGUUGCUUUACAUGGAAAAAGACAUCCUUCCCUUAAUUACAAUGAACAUGUUCAUGUUCCAUUUAAUAAUUUUGAUAGUUUCUCCUUCGAAAGUGUAUCAUCAAAGUUAAAUUCAAGUCAACCAAUUAUUUUUAAUAAAAAUAGCGGAAAAGAAAAACAUACGAACAACGAAAUCUUCCCAAUAUUAACAUCAUCAGUUAAUAGUCAUGCAAACUUCCCCAUGAUGAAUGAAGAGGUGCAUUUGCAAACAAAUUCAAACCCAACAUUGAUUUACCACGAUAAUAAGCAUGAUUAUAAACAAGACAAGGUACCACAGCUGAAACCAAAUGUUUCAACCAGUUCUCAUGGGUGGUAUUCAAGUGUUCUUAAUGAAGGUAAUGUCAAAAAUAUUGUUGUAGAAUCAACUACUAGAAAAAAUAUUCCCUUAAACUAUGACGGUGUUAACGAUAGUUUACCUGAAUUCGGGGAAAAAAUUGCAACUGUUGGAAAACCUCCUGCAGAAUUCUGGAACCAAAAUAAUCAACAAUUUACUAACAAUUUCGGUGUCGGUAAACCAUUUUCAAAAUCUAAAGAACAUCACACACUGAAUAUUUCCACGUUCACCAUAAACCCAAAUUAUAUUCCAUCUAUUUAUGGUAUUAGGCAACCAACUUAUGAUAUACCAGUGCGAGAUAAUAGCGACGAAACAACUACAAGUAAAGUUUUAUAUCAAAAACCUAUAAAAACAGUUUAUGAAACGGCUGAAGAAAUAUAUGACGGUGAAGAAGUACCAGAAAUGAUUGGAGAAAGUGACGGUGAAGUUAGCUCAGAAUCUAUGAGUGUACCAUAUGUAAGUUCGUCUAACGAUAAAAAAAAUGUUACAAAAGAUUCCUCUGCAUUUACGGUAUCACAAAAUAUAAUUACACCACAAAUGGAUACCAACAUAAGAAAUGAGCAGUUGGGGAGCUUUAACUUUGGAACUCAAACUGAGAAACCAUUUACAGCGUACAACAAGACCACUUUCCAGUCUAACAAUAUAAAACCAGUUUAUGAGAAUCCUAAUAUUUACAUGAAACCUAGACCAUUCACAAUUCAAACGGCAAUUCCACUUGAUCAUCAACUGCAACAACCACAUUGGCAAAUCAAUCAAUUAAUGGAAAAUGCCACAAAUAAUAUGUCUUAUGAAGAUAAUUUUGAAUUAAAUACAGGUGAAAAAAUUGAAACUGUAUCUACUGGGAAACCAAAUUUUACUAGCAAUACAUUACGUCCUGGAAAAAUAAGUCAUGGGAUUAAAACUCCUUUAAAACCUCGUGAUUCUUUUAUCUUUAAUGGCACUAAAACAGUUAAUGAAUCUAAUAUCAUUACAUCUUCAGUUUAUAUUAAGGAUAAAAAGCCAUUGCAGGUCCAGUUUAAUGAGACACCAACACCAUUAUCGUUCACAGUUUCGCCUUCACAAACAGAUUUUAAUAGUACAUCAAGUGAAAUAGUCGAUUUGUCUCCUCCACCACCCAAUAUAGGUCAAAACUACAAGCCAUCAAAGUCAGAUGAAAUAAUGGGAAUGAGUCCUCCUCCACCAAGAACACCAUCCCUAAGAUAUCCAUUGAGAGCUACUCAAACUCCAAGACCAGUUUUACCUAUCAGAACACCUCCUCCAUAUAGAACUUUACCACCAAGAACAUUGCCUCCACGCCAAUCAACGCAAAGACCUAUGAGAAAACCUAUUAGUAAGGAUGAAGUUUCAACAUACCGACCAACCUAUGAAAUCACAAAUAAAGUUAAGAGGCCUAGUUAUAACUUCGAUCAACCUUCAUCGCUUUUACUGCCACCCCCGAGAGAGUUACCAUCACACGUUAUUUCAACAGAAAAUCUUUCAAGACAUACUUCGGUGAUUAAUCCCACGAGUGUUAUUUUUCCAACUAAAGUGUCGUCUAACUGGUUGACGUCAUCCAACAUUGGAUUUUCAUCAAGCUUUAAUUUUGCACCUACAUCCGUAUAUUUCCCGGAAACUGUAUCACAAUACCAUGAUAAACCCGAUAUGGUUUCUUCACAAGGCUCUGCAGAAAAUAGUGACCAUUCUUAUGAGUACGAGUCAUCAAGCGAGACCUUAGACAUAAGUUAUGAAAAUCCUGUAACAGAAAAGAAAAUGACAAUUUUAAAACAAAUAAACAGAACUCAAUCACUGAAAAAUGUGACCAAAGCUUCUACUGAAAAUGUUGGCCUUUUCAAUGAAGGUAGUGUUUCAUCCUCAGAUUCUAGUCAAGAAGAUUCUGUUAAGGACAAAAUGAAGGUUAUAGGAAAUUUAGGAAAUAAAAAUCGUACUCGUAAGCCUUAUCCUGUUCGUAAUGAUGACAAAAAGCCCAGUACAAAUAAAUUUAAGCUUCCUUCCAAAACGGUUCCUAUUAUUAUGCCCACACGGACAUUAUCUCGACCAGAAGUUUCGUAUCCGCCGAGAAUAAGCAGUAUUAAGAAAAUUGUACGACCUUUACCUUCGAAACCAUUAGCAAUUUUCCCAUCGAGUAUUAUUGAAAGCUCUGAGUCUAUCAUGGAAGAAGAUUUUAUAAGCCCAACUGAAGUUCUUAAAGAAAUAGAAAUACCAACUGUUGCACCAGAAGUAACAUCUAUUAUUGAAAAAACGGUUACAUCUACUUUAACAAUUAGCAAAGAUCUAGACUUGAACAGAUAUCCAACUCAUCAUGCAGGUAAUGAAGUAAAAAUAUCAGAUGAAAUUAUGCCAACAAAAACAGAAUUUAAAACCACAAUAAUAACUCUAACCAAAACGCUAUCAGAACCACCUCAAACUAUAUCAAGCAUUGGUUAUGUUAAUUUAACUCAAACACUCACAGUCACACAUACGGAGACUAGUCUAAUGAGUCAGUCCGAAGGAGCGGUUACUCAAACUUUAAUUCUUACUAAUACACAUACAUCUACGAUAGUUGAUGUGGUAACUGAAAUUUAUACUCAAGUUCAACCAACUACAGUUGUCGAAACAGUCACUAAACAUAUUCCUAUUCCUCAAGUUGAAGCAACACCAGUCGUUACUUCAGCUACUAAUACGAUAAUUGCACUAGAUGACAUAACCAUGUCAUCAGAAGAAAGUGAUAACUUUAUUAUAAGAGAUAAUGACGUCACUGAGAAUAUUCAGAAAAUUGAAGAGGAAAAAGAUAACGACACUUUCUUCGUAGUUAUGAACAAAUCACAGAAUGGCGGCAAAGCUCCACCCAUUAACACUGAUAUAGAAACAGGUGAAUAUGAUGGUGUGACUAGAAAUGAACAAGUAAACAACAAUGGAGUAUCACAAGUUUUGUUUGGGGAAAUAUUGUUAGCUGGGACACCUUACCUAGAAACGAUAAAUGUCGCACGUCCAACCGGCUAUAGAAAGGAAUGUCAACCCGACUGUAAGGCUUCUAGAAACGAAAGAUGUCAGAGAAUCGAUGGUAUUAUGAAAUGUGUAUGCAGACCGGGCUUCGCCAGGAUGUUCCCUGAUCGGCCCUGCAAACCGACGUACACAUACUCAGCAAGACUAGCCCUUGGAUCACAAGGCAAUGAACGAUUGAUGUUCCAAAAGAACCUUUCAGAUAAUUCCAGCAAGGAGUACCAUACGUUAGCAGUAGCUACACAUGAAGGAAUCAAUAGAAUGAUUAUGCAAUCAGAUUUGAGAGACGUUUACCAUGGCGUUCAUAUCACUGGAUUCCAUCCCGUUGAUAUGAAGACGCCUAAAGGUGAAGUGUACGAAGGUGUCAUAAACAAUUUCUAUGUUCAGCUCUCUGAUAAUGCCCACGAGAGUAGGCUCAAAGAAGUCAUCGAGAAAUAUCUGAGAAACAAUAACUAUAGCCUUGGUGGUACAGAAGUACACGCAGCAGAUCAAUUGAUGGACAGAUUAAAUGUUAGCGAUUUCGACGAAUGCAUCAGCACUCAGUUCCACGACUGUUCAGAGCAUGCUCGGUGCUUCAACCUUCGCGGAACAUAUACGUGCAGCUGUCUGGAAGGUUUUGCUGACCUCAGUGUCAAUACCCUCUAUCCAGGACGAAUUUGCUCUUCCGACGCCGUCGGAUGUGCUGGAUGCAACUACCACGGGACUUGCUUCGAGCGUGAAAGUGCCAUGAUUUGCGAAUGCUUCAAGUGGUACGCUGGCAGAACGUGCCAGGUAAAUCUCAAAGCGGUGUUGAUAACGGUGACGUCGAUCGGAGCGGUGGUCAUACUCGUGGUGACCAUCUGGGCGUCGAAGCGUUGUUGCUGCCAGCGGGGACCGGCCACGCAGACCUUUGUGAUUGGCUGCAUGCAAGGAAUGCCUAGCUUACACCAGGGUAAUCUACCAUCAAAACAGAGAGCGGAUCGGAGAGCCCUCAUUGCAGAGCGAGUAGAGGCUGCGGAAACUUGUAGUGUGCAAAAUACAUCUUUACCUUACAUACCUUCAAAGCAAUCUCGGUCCCGCUCCACCUGCAGUAAGAAGUGUGUGAUGUCUGACCCCCCCACGCACGCCCCGCCCCCUCCACCUGCGCCUGCGCUAAUGAUACCCCGAGCGCGGCUGCACCCCGCACAUUCUGACAGUCGAGAUAAUCUCGCGAGGAAGAAGAGUGCAGAAAUUUGCAGCGAAGCUAAACUCAUCAGCUACUUGGAGUCAGGAGCUACCAAUGUUACUGAAGAAAUGCGAAGAAAGCAUAGUAUCGAGUCUUCAUACAGCGUCAACAAAGAGAGACUCAACAAGCAAGGGGCUCUGGUAUCGGCUGGUUUCAAAGUUUCGACAACGGUGCGUCCAGACGAGAUCUCUAUAAAGGAAGACAGGGACGACGCUUCGUCGGUGAACAAGACUGAUCUAGAGACGGAGAUGGCACGCUUCGACACGCUUCGAAAAUAUAAUAGUCAAGAAGACAUGUCUGAAUGGACAGAUGCCGAGCGCCGCAUUGGUGAACUAACGCUGUCAGAAGCACGGUCUGUGGGCGGGACUCUACCGGCCAGUACUGGUAGAGCAGCUUCGUCCACGCGUUUAACCCACCAGGAGGCACACACAAUGGCUGAACGCGACCUGGGCUCCACCUUCCUCCUGCCCCACGUGCACCUCUAUAAACCUGACCUUACUAGCGACGUAUCGGAGUUCGAUUCACUGUGAAGACUGUUUUAUAAUAAUAAUAAAAAAAAAGAUAAAAUGUCACUAUUCAAAGAGGCUAUUAUAUUUACCUGGUAUAUCUCCAGUUCGAUUUGAAUAUGUAUUUAAAAGUUAUG